AUAAGACAAAGGAGUAUAUGGAAUUGGUUAUUAGAAAAAUGAAAGAAAGGAAUUUAUCAUUAACAGAUGCUAUAGAUAACAUCUUGGAUAACGCAGAAAAUAAAGAAGAACGUUCUGCUAAGAUUGAAAUCUUAAUUCCUUUUAGUAAUACUUAUGAGAUAUUUCAUGGGGAAUGGCUUAAUUUUAAGGAUUUUAAGGCAACUAAUACUGUUGAGAGAUUAUGGAAAAAGUUUGUGGAAUACGCCAGAGCAUAUACCGAGAAUGAUAAUCUCUCAAUAAGUACUGAGACAAAAAAAUCUAUAUGCUCCAACUUUACAAAAUGCCUAAAUGUACUUAUCCCAUUUAUCGAGAAAUAUGAUACCUUUUUCCAUCAUUUAGUAUAUCAUAUGCGAUAUAAAGAACACAUAUUCAUCCCAGAUAAGAUUGGACGACCUGAAAUGAUAAGAAAAAUGAGAUAG